CAUAAUGUCUGCUGAAUAUAGAAACCCAAGUGAAGUCGAGUUAAACAAAAUUAUAUCUUCAGAAAAUGUACAGCAACGUAACCAAGCGUUGCUCGCAGGCGACCUUCUUAAAGCCAUGGACAUAACUGCAUGUCUGGCUGCAGAGAAACACGCUAAACUUCCUUGUGUUACCCUGAUGAUGGAUGAUCUCGUUGUGAACGAGAACUUGUUGCAAGGGCAAGUUCUGAAUGUCAAAGCUAAGCUAACCAGAGCGUUUGGUUCAAGUAUGGAAGUCGUGGUCGAAGCGUCGCUUGAAGAUAUGUUCAAACAUGAUCGAAUCGAGAUUUGCAAAGCUUAUUUCGUAUUCGUGGCAAUUGCGAAAGUUGGAAAAGCGAGGCUAACACAUUUAGAUCCUGUAACGAUGGAGGAACGUCUGGAGUACGCGUUAGCUUACGAGAGAAGAAAAUUGCGGUUUACAGCCGAUAAAGCAGCCAGGGAGAAAUCAGCGAACAAAGCUAACACUCCAGACAGUUCAGUCGUUACUUCAGCCCCCAGUCAAACCACCAACUCCCAAGUGGCUAUGAGUGAGACAGCCGUUGAAAGCUUUGAGCUGGUACUGCCUAGCCAGGCUAACCACCAUCAAACCACGUUUGGUGGCCAGAUCAUGGCAUGGUUAGUUUCAACAUGUACCAUUGCUGCCAGUAGACUCUGCCAGACACGACCAACAAUUAUUGAAGUGAAUGGUGUUCAUUUUAUAAAGAAAUCAAGUGUUGGUGAAAGAUUGGUAUUCAAGGCGAUGGUGAAUAAAACUUUUGAUGAUAAUUCUUUCGAAGUCGGGUGUAGAGUAGAGUCGAUUACCCUGGAGGGAAAAACUGCCCAUGUCAAUAGCGCGUAUCUCACAUUCGCAGUGUUUGAUCAGCACCAAAAACGUCAGCAGGUGCCCGUUGUCGUGGCAACGACAGCUGUACAGGUGACAAGACAAUCCAAUGCAGAAACGCGUCGCAGUGGAAAGAUCCAGAAAGAAAAGAUUCUUGGUACUAUUGGUCCAGCCUUGUCCGUACCCUGGACGAAAGAGCUUGGCGAUGUGUUAGCUUUUCACAAUGUUUCCGCUUUCAAGAAAUUGUGCCAUGUGGACACAUGGAAACAAAUUUCCCAAGACAAUGGAUGCGUCUUGCUCACAUGCAAGCAGGAUGAUUUGACCUGUGUCAAAGUGGAAGCAUAUAUUUCGAAACCAGCCGUGGAUGUUUUUCAGGCCAUACAGCUAAGCACCAGAGCAUUAUGGGAUCCUAUCAUUGCUCAGUCAGAAGUUGUGCUUAAAGUUGAUGAUGACGACAGCAUUGUUCAUAUUGUCAUGACGACCGGCGAUGACACUCCGGCAGAGAAAACCCCCUCAAAACCGAGUGAUCUCUUGCUCCUGGAAUCUACUCGUCCUUCUGCAGUGGAAAAAGAAGGCCACCUGGUUGCAUACCGCUCAGUCACGAUGAAGUCAUAUCCUGUAUCUGAAAACUACGAGCGAAGGGAGAAUUUAACAUCAGGCUUCAUGAUUAGCCAAUCUCAGAGUAUCGAUCCUAACCAGUCAACAGUAAUUUACAUCAAUCAAGUAACCAAUCAGGUUGCAGAAUUCUUGUUUAAGGAUCUGAAAGGUGGCUCGAAAAUGUACGCCAAACGUAUUCAGAAACUGCGCGAAUUCUUGAAGUGUUAGUAAAAGAACAAUCAAUUUUUGGAACAAUAUUUAUAUCAAUGGGACAGUUUGAAACAAUAUUUUAGUUUGCUAUCAUAAAAAAACAUUUAGGUUAAAAGAAACUGUAGUCUGUAGCGCACGCGCGAAUGCAUUAAGUUAAGUGUAGGAAGAUAAUUCUAGUAAAUAUUACAAGCAGGAUUAUUAUAGGGCUAUUCUUUGAAUGUUUUUCUUUAAAUGUGUUUUGUAAUCAUUAAUAGGAUGCAGCUUUAACAUUUGGUGAUUUCAACAAAAUAUAAUC